AUGCGCCACGCAUCCUCAAGACUGAUCGCGCUCUCCCUGUGCGCCGCAAUCCUCCUUGCAAGCGUCCUGCCAACAUCAGCUCAGUUCUUUCAGCAAUUCUUCACUGGCGGAGGUGAUGGGCAGGUCAGAGAACAAGAGGCUCCACCUACUGGCGAUGCGAAUUGGUUCGAAGCGCGAGUAGAAGCGGCUUCUCUGCUCGCGCACGCCUUCGACAUGCUCAGCCACCUGCACAUCCUUCCUCUGCCCUCGCACCCUUUCCUGCGUUCCCUCGCCCUCCCACUGUCCAUGCCCCUUCCCACAACAAUCUGGCAGGGCGACCCUGAGCUGAACCUCGAUCAGCCCAUAGCAAAGCGCCAUCCAGCUACAGGCAACGAGCUGUUCACGCUGCGUGGACACGGCACUCCGCUCUUGACGCUCGUCUUUCAAGAGGCGAGUCAUCAACACGCUGCAUUGGCUCGCAUGGAAGCGUUUUACGAAGGGGCUGGCGCGCCCAAAGGCGUGUAUCUGGAUCUUGAGGAGGCGAGCAAUGCGCGCUUAUGUCGCAACUACCAAGCAUUCAACUUGCCACUCGACUCUGUGCGACAGUGGCUUGCAGCAAUGAGGAGACGCCACGGCGAUGGCGAUACUCAGCAGGUCGACCCUUCAGAGACAUUCGAAGGCGCUUCUUCAAGCACAAGUGAAAUGCCGUGGUGGGAAUCGUACUGCAAUCCCACAGAAUGCGCCGUUCUGCGACAAUUGCACUCCCUCGAAGCGCUGGUGGAGCAGAGCAACAGCCCUUUUCGGUACCUCGUCAGCGUUCUGCAGCGAUUCGCCGCCUCUUCCUUAACUCACGAGCAAAAUCACGCCCUCUUUCACCUGGUGCCGUCAUUCGCAUCAGCAGCUCAACGCGCAUGGGAUGACUUGCCCCGCAAAGCCAAAUCUAUCAUCCAGCACGAUCUCCAGCUCAGAGGUUAUGCGGAGAGCGUAUGGGUGGAUGAAUUCCAAGCGUAUGUGGCUGAAGAUCCCAGCGAAUUCGGUAACGUCGCUGCAGAAGCCUGCGCAGAGGCCAGGGACAGGUUGCAGCAAGAGAGAAAGCAAGGAUGGCAAGCGAUCGGACUCGAUUCAUGA